AUGUUGCUGUGCUCUGCAGCAGCUCAUGUGGCCAUAGAGGUGGGAGAACUGUCUGAUGGACAAGAAAAAGAAGAGGAGGGCAAGAAGCCGGAUCGGCCAGACAACAUCAUCAAAAGAGUUUUCAACAUCAUCAAGUUCACCUGGGUGCUGUUCCAGACCACGGUGGAGAGCUUCACCAAGUGGAUGAACGACAUGUGCAGGGAGUACAUCGACAUCUCCACAGUGCUGCGGAUCGAGCGCUGCAUGCUGACGCGGGAGGUGAAAAAGGGCAACGUGCCGUCCAGAGAGAGCAUCCACGUCUACUACAAGAAGGCCAUGAGGCUGAACAUGUCCAGGCAGGCCAGCCUGGAUCUGCUCAGCGACGACGAGCUUCCCUCUGGAUCCACAAAAGCACGGAAGAGGCGUGGAGGAGGUUACCGCAUGGAGAGCCAGGACUCCACGGCCUCCAGAGACAGCAUCUCCAGCAAAUCAGACUGUGAGAUUCCCAAAAAUGAGGCGGGAAUCAUCUGGGACAGCAUCUGCUUCGCCUUCCUGCUGCUGCAGAGGCGGGUCUUUAUGAGCUACUACUUCCUCCACGUGGUGGCGGACAUCAGAGCGUCGCAGAUCCUCGCCUCCAGAGGUGCAGAGCUUUUCCAGGCCACCAUAGUGAAGGCAGUAAAAGCCCGACUGGAAGAGGAGAGCAAGUCUGUGGAGCAGCUAAAGAGACAGAUGGAGCGCAUUAAAGUGAGGCAGCAAAAGUUUAAACGCGGAAAGGAUAAGAUGCUGAGCCUGACCCAGGAGUCUGCGGAGGGCCAGACCGCCACCCAGCCCGAGGAGGAUGACGAUGAUGGAGCACAGCGAACGAAAGCCAAGCCCAAAAAAAAGCAGUGGUGGAGGCCGUGGGUUGACCAUGCUUCCAUGGUUAGGAGUGGAGACUACUACCUGUUUGAAACUGACAGCGGGGAGGAAGAGGAGGAGGAGGAGAAAAAAGAGGAGGAAACGCCUAAGAAGUCAGCAUUUCAGCGAGCGAUCGCAAAGUUUGUCACUGCCGUUCUGGCUUUACCAAAGUCUGUCAUUAAGCUCCCUAAAACUGUCCUGCAGUAUCUGAUCAGAGCAGGAAAGUUUCUGUAUCAGGCCUGGAUCACCGACCCCAAAGCGGCUCUGAAGGCUCGCAGCAAAGACAAGCGCAAGUUCUGGAAGAAAUACACCAAAAGAGUCAGACACAAGAAAAACAAGCAAAAACCGCCUUCACCGAGGCCACCACCCUGUUCUCUCGUCAGUCCACCCUGGAGGACAUAGACGGGCCUCUGGAGAGGAUUCCUAAGACCAGCGAGCGUGCCAGGCCCACGCUGAGGAAAAUGAGCAGGCUGGACAUGUCCAAUUCAUCAUUGGACAGCGGCAGCUUCAUUUCCAGUGAAGCAACCCAGUGCCUGGUUCUCUCCUCCAGACAAGGCACCGCAGACACCAUAGAAGAAGAGGACGACGAGCAGGAGCACAGCAAGACCAAGAAGCAGGUUUCCUUUGAGGCUCAAGAGUUUGACGAGAGUCCCAGUGCAGAGGGGGAACCUGUGAGUGAGGGACAGCCCGCACAAACGGAGGAGGAAGAGGAGGAGGGCCAGGAAGACUUGAUGGGUGAAGACGAGCUGCAGGAGGAAGAGGUACCUCUGGAUAAGGACGAAGAGAAGGCUGCAUGGGAGUCCUUCAGUCCAGAUGAGGGUCCUUCCACAAAGCUGGAGGAGGAAGAAAAAGAAGAGGAGGCAGAUUCUGCCCCCUCCGGACAAGAGAAUGUCUUCAUCAGUGAGAGUGAAGACGGAGGAAGAACACAGGACUUCAUGGAGACGCAGGGGCAGGAAGUUGUUCUUUACACCCCGGAUACAGACGCCUCCAAAACGUCCGAUGCCGACGUUCCUCCUAGCUACAGCAAGGCGGUGAGCUUUGACCGCCUGGAUGUCAGUGACGAUGAAAGCGACACGUACAGGAAGAGGCGCAUGUUGAUGACCUCCGACAGCCGCUCUGACAGCAGAUCAGACAUCAUGCUGCCGUCCAUGACCACUGAGCUGACGGCCAGUGAGCUGCUGCUCAACAAGAUGUUCUAUGAUGAGGAGCUGGAACAGUCGGAUAAUUUCUACCAAAACCAGCCUCUGAUCCUGCAGUUUAGCUACGCUCUCUACAACAUGCUGGUGGCGCACUCUGAAUUCGUGUGCUUCCUGGUCAUCAUCAUCAACCACAUGGUGUCGGCCUCAUGUUUGAGUCUGGUUCUUCCCGUCACCAUCUUCCUGUGGGCCAUGCUGUCCGUGCCUCGGCCCAGCAAGCGCUACUGGAUGACUGCUAUCAUCUACACUGAGGUCACCAUCGUCAUCAAGUACUUCUGCCAGUUUGGCUUCUUCCCCCACAACAAGAACGUGUUAAAUAAAAAUUCGCCUUACAAUGCUGCCAACAUCAUCGGGGUGGAGAAAAAGGAUGGCUAUGUCCUCUAUGACCUGAUCCAGUUACUGGCUCUUUUCUUCCACAGAUCCAUCCUGAAGUGCCACGGCCUGUGGGACGAGGAUGACCCCAAAGAGAGGAAGGAAGCCGCUCGGCAGAGUCAGUCUGAGUACGAGGAGAAAGAGAAGUCUGUGAGGGAGAACGAGUCUGAGCCUUCCUCACCCCUAUCCAACAAGAGGAGAGGCUCCACUAACACCAUGAAGUCCUUCAACUCUGGGACCUCCAUGGACUCUGAAACCUUUCAGCUGCACUGUCAGCAGUACCAGACCUACCAGAGGCGCAAGAGCUCCAGCGCAGGCUCACAUGUUUCCCAUCGAUCUCACCUGUCCUCUGCAAGAUCCAAGAGAGGAAGUACCACUUCCCACAGCAGCAGCCACAAGGAGGGCAGCCAGGCCAGCGUCCACCAGAAGACCCGUAAACAGAUGAUCAUAGAGAAGCUGAGGGAGCAGCUCUUCAAGGCCAAAGCUUUUGUUAUAAAGCGGUUUCUGGAGAUCUAUCUUCCCAUGAAGCAGUUCUUCUAUAACCUGAUCCAUCCGGAGUACAGUGCUGUCACAGACGUCUACGUGCUGAUGUUCCUCGCCGACACUGUGGACUUUAUCAUCAUUGUCUUUGGGUUCUGGGCCUUUGGUAAACACUCAACAGCAGACAUCACCUCAUCUCUAUCAGAAGACCAGGUUCCUGGACCCUUCCUGGUCAUGGUUCUGAUCCAGUUUGGCACCAUGGUGGUGGACAGGGCCCUGUACCUCAGAAAAACCGUGCUGGGCAAAGUCAUCUUCCAGGUCUUCCUGGUCUUUGGGAUCCACUUUUGGAUGUUCUUUAUCCUGCCACACAUCACAGAAAAGCGAUUCAACGAAAACACGGUGGCUCAGAUGUGGUAUUUUGUCAAGUGCAUCUACUUCGGGCUGUCAGCCUAUCAGAUCCGCUGCGGUUAUCCCACCCGUGUGCUGGGGAACUUCCUCACCAAGAGCUACAAUUAUGUCAACCUGUUUCUGUUUCAAGGUUUCCGCCUGGUUCCUUUCCUAACGGAGCUGCGUGCGGUGAUGGACUGGGUUUGGACCGACACCUCGCUGUCUCUGUCCAGCUGGAUCUGUGUGGAGGACAUCUACGCUCACAUCUUCAUCCUCAAAUGCUGGAGGGAGUCCGAGAAGAGAUAUCCUCAGCCACGAGGACAGAAGAAGAAGAAGGUGGUGAAGUACGGCAUGGGAGGAAUGAUUGUGGUCCUGCUGAUCUGCAUCGUCUGGUUUCCACUCCUCUUCAUGUCCCUCGUGAAGUCUGUAGCCGGGGUCGUCAACGCCCCGUUGGAUGUGUCCAUCACAAUCACACUAGCUGGCUUUCAGCCCAUCUUCACCAUGAGCGCUCAGCAGAAACAGCUGUGGGAUGUGACCAAAGCAGAGUUUGACGAUUUCACAGCGGUUAUCUCUAAAAAUCAGUCUGAUGAAUCCAAAAAAACAAUGGCCAUUCAGUUUCUGGAGAACUACACUCCAGAAGAUCUGAUCAUCGCUGAGCUGAAGGGCAGCUCCAACUCCCUGUGGACCAUCAGCCCCCCCAGCAGAGACAACCUGAUCGACAUGUUGAAAUCCGAAGAAGAAUUCCCCGUCACCGUGACCUGGUCCAUUCAAAGAAAUCUCAGCCUUGGUGCAGAAGCUGAGACGGCGUAUGGAAAAAACGUGAAAGUUUUAAAUCAAGAAACUAAGCAGAACCUCAUACUGCUUCUAAAAGGAGCAGCAAAUGCUACCAAUGCUAAUGUGACCUUAACAGAACUCAUUCCUCGCUAUAUUCGUGCCCCCAGUAAAUCCGACGCCACAUCUGUGGAACAACUGGGGGACGUAAUGAUUGACAUCCACCUGACCAUGCAGCGAGCUCAGAAUGAGUCGGGUCAGGCGCAGGAGUGGUGGAUCGUUAACCAGAGGGAGCCCAGCAUCAUUCGUAAAAUCAGCCGGAAAACCGAGGCAGGCCUGGAGAUCUACGUGUUCAGCGACCAAGUCAGCCCGCCCAGUUUGGGCUUUCUGGCAGGAUACGGCAUCAUGGGUCUGUACGCCUCUGUUGUCCUGGUCAUCGGAAAGUUUGUGCGAGAGUUCUUCAGCGGCAUUUCCCACAACAUCAUGUUUGAGGAGCUGCCGAACGUGGACCGCAUCCUGAAGCUCUGCACGGACAUUUUCCUGGUCCGAGAGACGGGGGAGUUGGACCUGGAGGAGGACAUGUACUCCAAACUCAUCUUCCUCUAUCGCUCACCAGAGACUAUGAUCAAGUGGACGCGGGAAAAAACUCAGUGACGGCAGUACAGUCAUGAACAGGUCGAGCUGCAGAUGUUUUGAUGGUCCGAGCCUCUCUGCAAUGGAAGAGGACGGAGAACCGAGCUCGUCCUCGGCUGAGCUCACAGUCAGUGAUACAGUGUUAACUCCACGUGGAGGAACCAUCCUUUGAGUUUAAACCUGGUAUUUUUUUUUACCAGUAGGAGACAGUGACUGUCACGUUUUUGAGACUUUUGCACAACUUUGCAGUUGCUUUAUUUAUCUGACAAGAGUUUGGCCUCAGGAGGUUAAAAAAGGCCGAUUUUGUGGAGUUGGAGAAGUCCUUUCCCUGUCGGAGGGCAGACCUCGGAUCCUCCUCAGUGCUCGUCACGCCUGCCUCUUACAUGUUUACAGUGGUGUGGUGGUAGGUUGUGAGGUAAGGAGCGGCCGCAGCUUCACCCCUCAAGGGCUUCCCCGUGACAAGAACAUGAGCACAAGCUUAGAGUUUCUCAAACUGGAACGCUCGGGACGGUGCAAUACUCCGAGGUUUGGACGGAUGGGAGCAGAGCAAAGGACUUUAGUGACCAAGAAACAAUAACACAAAACAACUUUUUUUUUUUAAAAGCAUUCAAAAAUUGAAAAGAAUUGUCAGUCAACUUUGCCUUACUUUGUUUAUAUGAGAACUAAAAGUCAAGGACUACACAACUUUCUCAGGAAGAGCUGUUUUCACAAAUACUCAUGGUAUGUGCUGUAUGUUACCUGUGUAGGCUUCAAUAGACUUUAAAGAAAAUGAAACGGAAGACAAAACCAGAACUACUACAAUGGCAUGAUUUAUAUUGUUCAGAUGGAUUGAUGUCAGGUACAUUUGCUGCACAGAGACAGAGAUGUGGUUUUCCCUGCAGAGAAAAACAUCCAACAUCUCCGUCAACUGCAGGCUGGAUGGAGGUGCGACCAACAAUGUGCAUGGAGUGGGAGCCUCAUCCACUUCACCUGACCUCGCUGUCUUUAUCCCCCUCACACAACAAGCCCCCACCCGAAGCUGUGUACCCAGUCGUGAAGGAAGAAGCACCCCCCCAGAAAGGGCUGAAACGGGGAGUCGUUUGGUCCAAACUAUGCAUCAGAAGACAUUGAAGCAUGAGUGAUAAACCACAUUAUUGCCAUGAUUUACUUUCACUUCAUCUAUAUAGGGGUUACACUGAGGUAGAAGUUUGAAAUGUGAAUUGUUCCUGUCUGUUAUGGAGAACUGGUGUGAUGGAGGUGCAGGGAAGUGCAAAUAAAGAGUCUGAAAAAGG